AUGGAAAGCAACAUCACCCGCAUUGCUGCCGCCUCAGGUCGCUGCACAGACAGCCAUAACAAUUGCUCUGCGAGCCCGUUAGAUCCGCGAGCUAGACCGGACGAUGAGCUUAAUGACGAAACUGGUGAAGACGAUGACCAGUCAGAUUUUGACGACGCUUGCGACUUGCACAUUUUCCGAAAUAAGGUCGAUAUGGCCGAUCGCUACCAUGGACCAUCAUCUUUAUUCGCGCUGUGUGGCAAAUAUCGCACGCAAUUGCUCGGUGUAUACAAGGAGUCCGACUGCGAUAAUCACAUGCAUAGCUUACUACACAAUCUAUGCGAAGCUGCCGGCGCCCUGGAGCCUUUCCCUUUCCACAGCGAUCCACUCCUUGGUCAACUCAUUCCAAAGCAGCAAGCUGUCAUAGCCGUUGGCCACUUCCUGCAGCAUCUUGACGUUAGGACGGACAUCUUCUCAGAAGCAAGCCUUCUUGCCAAUCUCGAACGCAUUUAUUCACAACGACCAGAGCCUGGUGAUGAUGCAUGGGCAAUAUGUUUCAGAGCCAUCGCUCUUCUUGUGCUGGGAAUGGAGCUCUCGGCUCAAGCGAAGACUGCUCUGUUUGGUGAUUUUGCGCGCUCCUUCCUCCCUAAUCGUGCCGCGCUAGUAAACUCAUCUUUACUGAGCACUCCGAGGUUGAUCAACGUGCAGGCUCUAAUACUGUUGAGCGUUGCUAUGAAGCAGUUUGAUCCACCUGGAUGGGCAGAUGUGAUCUUCACUCAUGCCUGCAUGCUCGCGAGAACCAUGGGUAUUCAUCACGUUCGACUUUCACUUGCUGAAGCUUCUGCGGAAGAGAAGCUUGAGCGCGCGAAAGUUCUUCGGUCUCUGUACGUUCAAGACAAGAGCUUGUGUAUUACAAGCGGAACUGUUUCUUGGUUACCGACCCACGACUGCAAGCUUGCUUCUCAACUGAGAGCGGCUGUAGAGCGUCAAGCUCCGUACUCUGACCGCAUCCGACUUUCAAUGAUUCAAGAUGAUGUUUACAAAUUAACGCACGCCACGCGUCGACGGAAAUCAGGCCCGAGCAACAAGUCACAAAACCAAGUGAAGUUCGUGGAACAAAAGUUAAGCGAUUAUGCAAAUGCGGUCGGCCUAUUCGACCAGGAACCGCCCUACUCCGCACACCGUACCUUGAUCAUCCUUGAAUUCUUGGCGACCCGCAUAAUUGCUCUGCAACACGGUCUAGGGCUAGACUAUGCGGCACAAGUUCGGCGUGAUGCAAAAGCGAGCUGCUUGUUACUCUUGAUUGCUCACGGCGAAACCGAUCCUGAGUCAGUCCAAGCCUUCCAGAGCCUGAUGGCCCCAGGCGCCCCUCCUGUCAAGACGAAUGACACUACCGUCGUCAACAACGACACAAUCCCAUUUGGAAGUCUCUUCGAUUCAUUCUCAGUCCCGGCAUUCUUCGUGUUGCUGGAAGAUUGUCUUCACGCUAUGAAAGAACCGGGAGCUCCUCCAGCUCCCGCUGAACUUGACCAUCGAGCUCUUUUACAAAAGGUGUCCGAUUGCUACAAUCUCCGUACAGGACAUUUGCAGUCAAACAAUUACCAUCGCAAGGUGUCCAGGAUCUUCGAGCAGCUUCUGAAUCUCAUGAAACUGCACGACAAGACUCAACAAAAUCCAUUGGAAGCGACAGCCCCGGUAGUGCCGGUGGCGGAGAUGCUCCCACUACAUUUAAUGUCAACCAUGCCACCUUAUCAAGCCGAUCUCAACGCUUUUUCGAACUGCUCUAUGCCGCCGGUACAGGGGCAAUUGUCCGCCUUCCUCCCGACGCCGUCGCCAAGUACGUCCAUGUCUUGGGACAAUUGGCUGACGAUGCCUCCUGGGCCAGGCCUCACAACAUCAAUAGACGGCUCAAACUCGGGGAAUCUUCAAGGGCCAGACACGGAUCUACUAGCCGAGAUGUUGGGUACAUCUCAUUCACAGCCUUCCCGGUGGUCAGUGUCAGGAUCAGAAUCCACUAGCUUACGGAAACGAAGAAGGACGCAUGAAGAGUCGGCCGAGGAACUGGAUGGAGAAGUUCCGAGCCCGUUGUCGGAUUUCCUUAUCUCGGGUCAAGAGAUUCCGUUUCAUCUAAUAUCGUAA